AGGGUGGGCGGGGCUCAAUGCAGCAGGGUUGUGUGUGUGAGAGUGUGUGUGUAUGUGUGUGUGUGCGCGUGCAUGUCACACAAUAGCGAGGAUCCGGCAAGUUUAAGGUGAAUGAGAGGGGCAGUGCACGCGGAGAGAGGAGGUAGAGAGAAGGAGAGAGGAGGUGGAGAACAAGAAGAAAACCGGAUUGGGAUUUAUAAUUCGGAUCAGCUCCGGUUUCAGAGAUUGCCGUGUCGAACGCCCAGCAGUAGAGUGUUGUUCUCAGAGCUGAAGAAAGUCAUUACAUGCUGACUGCGCUCAUUAUACUGUAUCAACUAAUCACAUCUACACACCGAGCUGCUGUGGCAUUUUUGCAGAUUUAGCUGCAGCCGUGCAUAAGGAUGUCUGAUAACGGGGAAGUGGAGGAUAAGCCCCCCGCGCCGCCCAUGAGGAACACCAGCACUAUGAUGGGGGCCAGCAGUAAAGACCCUGGACCCCUGAACCACAGCUCCAAACCGCUGCCCCCCAACCCAGAGGACAAGAAGAGGAAAGACCGCUCCAUCCGCUCCAUCCUCACCGGAGGCGGAGACAAGACCAACAAGAAGAAGGAACGUCCUGAGAUCUCUCUCCCAUCAGACUUUGAGCACACCAUCCACGUGGGGUUUGAUGCCGUCACCGGGGAGUUUACCGGUAUGCCAGAGCAGUGGGCUCGCUUGCUCCAGACCUCAAAUAUCACUAAACUGGAGCAGAAGAAGAAUCCACAGGCAGUUCUGGAUGUGCUGAAGUUUUACGACUCUAAAGAGACGGCCAACAGCCAGAAAUACAUGAGCUUCACAGAUAAAACUCUGGACAGUUACAGCUCCUCCAAUGCUGUGAACUCCAAAACCGUGUCGGAGACCCCCGCCGUCGCCACCGUAUCUGAGGAUGAGGAUGAGGAUGAAGCUGCUCCUCCCCCUGUGAUCGCCCCCCGACCAGAACACACCAAAUCUAUAUACACUCGCUCAGUGAUCGAGCCGCUGCCUCCCGCCCCCACCAAGGAUGUGGCCACCUCUCCCAUCUCCCCCCCACCGGCCGAGGGCGGCAGCCCCACCCCCACCCCCUCCAGCACCGCCCCCCGCAGCGCAGACAAAACCCGCAAGAAGAAAAUGUCUGACGAGGAGAUUCUGGAGAAACUACGGAGUAUAGUGAGUGUGGGGGAUCCUAAGAAGAAAUACACGCGCUUUGAGAAGAUCGGCCAGGGGGCGUCUGGAACAGUUUACACAGCAAUAGACAUCGCCACAGGACAAGAGGUGGCCAUUAAACAGAUGAACCUGCAGCAGCAGCCCAAGAAGGAGCUCAUCAUCAACGAGAUUCUGGUCAUGAGGGAAAACAAAAACCCCAACAUCGUUAAUUACCUGGACAGUUACCUGGUGGGGGAUGAGCUGUGGGUGGUGAUGGAGUAUCUGGCCGGCGGCUCGCUGACGGACGUGGUGACGGAGACGUGUAUGGACGAGGCUCAGAUCGCCGCCGUGUGUCGGGAGUGUCUUCAGGCCCUGGAGUUCCUCCACUCCAACCAGGUGAUCCACAGAGACAUCAAGAGUGACAACAUCCUGCUGGGCAUGGACGGAUCCGUCAAACUCACUGAUUUUGGCUUCUGCGCUCAGAUCACUCCGGAGCAGAGUAAGCGCAGCACUAUGGUGGGCACCCCAUACUGGAUGGCCCCUGAGGUGGUGACCCGCAAAGCUUAUGGGCCUAAAGUGGACAUCUGGUCUUUGGGCAUCAUGGCUAUAGAGAUGAUUGAGGGAGAGCCUCCGUAUCUCAACGAGAAUCCUCUGAGGGCGCUGUAUCUCAUUGCCACUAACGGAACUCCAGAACUGCAGAAUCCUGAGAAACUCUCGUCAGUUUUCCGGGAUUUCCUCAACCGCUGUCUGGAGAUGGACGUGGAGAAAAGAGGCUCUGCCAAAGAGCUUUUACAGCAUCAGUUCCUCAAAGUGGCCAAACCUCUGUCCAGCCUGACGCCGCUCAUACUGGCAGCCAAAGAGGCGACCAAGAACAACCGCUAAGCAGCCGGCCUGAAGCCCAGCCCACCUCCACACUGCCCGCCCCCGACCUCGAUCACCCCUCACCCCUCUCUAUUUCACCCCUUUUUCAGAGGGGGUCUGUAGUGGGCGGAGCCUCUAGAGGGUCCCUCCCACUUCUGCUUGUACUGUUGGGUCCCGGGGUGAAUGUGACCCCGCCCAGAGGUCACCAAAGAGGCUGAGAGAAUGACGGCAUCAAACGAAAAUACAUAAAUAAACGAAAGUGAAAACAAAUGAAGAAUUAAAGAAAUUGGAGAAAUUUGAGAAAUUGAAGAAUCAGCUUGCGGCUGCUCAACUUUUGGAUAUUAGGAGCGAAUCUGCCAGACUGACUGAUUCAGUUUUGUUUUGAGCACAGGUUCGCUUGUUUUGUUUGUUUCAUUUGUUUGAUUUUUUUUUUCGUCUGUCAGUCUGUGUGUUCGUUUAUUAAUGUGUUCUGAAUGUGGGCUUUAGUUUGAUGUCUCUAUUUUUUUUUUGGUUUAAUUUUUGCUCCUUUUUGUACUGUAUCUGUGAGUGUGUGUGUGAGCUAAAGGGGGAGUAAAUUAGCUGCGAUAUGAUUGGAUGAGACAGAAGUGAACGUUGGUACGGAUGCUGGUACGGACUGCGGAGGUGCAGAAGCGAAUGGUGUAAAUGAAUAAACAGCACGUAACGAGAGCAUUAGAAUGGAUGCCUGUGCAUGAAAAAAAUAAAAUAAAAUGACGGAAAGCAUCCCCACUUCCGUUCCAUGAAACCUGCCACUCCUGCAAGCCCCGCCCCUCCCUCCGCCCUUCAAAAAGCCCAGGAUGUACAUUUCUUACUGACAGACAAGCUGAAAAGACAACAUUCCACGCAAAGUUGUCCAUGAACUCGGUUGAUCUUUACGUAGCAGAUUCUGUGUCGUCACAAACACUGAGUUAAUGUUCAUGUUUAAAGAAAAGAAAAAAGAAGAAAAGAGAAGAAGAAUUCUGUUUUAAGCCCAUUGUUUUUUUAUGUAGCGUCGACUCGACAUACCCUUUGGCCUUAAACUGUGACACAGAGGGAAGAAGACUCUGCAAAGAUGGUACAGCCCACUGUCUACUGUCUCUGAACCGUCAUCUCCUUUACUGAAGGAUGGGAGGAGGAUGAAGAUGUUAGCCAGGGAGAAAAUCUUUGUAAAGAGAAGUCUUGCUGUGUUUUUGAGCCAUAAACUCUUGUUUGUAAGGCAUUUUGAUUAAUUCAUUAAUUACUAAAAAAUCUUAUCUGAAGAGGAAGAAUAAACUGUACAAAAUGAUUCCCAAUAA